AAGGAAGGAGGUCGCGUAUCAAUGGCUGACGUAAAGAAGGCUGCAAAGAAUGCUCUUGCAUACACGAAGCGCAAGGGGGUCAUCACCGACGCGGUCGAUGCUGGAAAGAAGUUCCUACUAUCAAAAGCUACCAAGCCGGAACAUGAGGAUCUAAUCAGAUCUGUGCGAAAGGAGGUUCGUCGCCGCUAUGGUGUAGGCGUAGCAAAGAAACGUCCAGCGAAGGGUUCGCCAGAGAUGAAGGCUAAGAUGGCUGCGCUCAGGGCACGUCGUAAGACUGGUGGUUCGUUUACGUUGUAG